AUGUUCUCCCCUCGCAACAUCGAUACGCCAAAUCCUUUCAAGCCCGCCCUUCAGUAUCUCAUUUCUGGCGACAAGCCAAAAUCCAACCACCGAAAGAGCAGCUCCACUGGCAGUAUCGAUACGGACGACCCACCCAGAUCCAGAAUGUCCUCCUACAACUCCAAACCACAAACAUCCAUUCCCCUAAUCAAUCUCUCACGAUCCCCUUCCCCCUUCCGCAGACGACAUUCAGAUUCCAAUCCUUCAGCUUCAGAAACAGACGAUGAUGACUGGGGAGACACACCUAUGUCGUCACGGCAGCCUUUCCUGUCGCAUGAACAAGGAGGGAAGCCCACAGGCUGGAGAUGGUUGAUCUAUGGAGGUGGAAUGGGCCACUUCUUCUUCAACACUCCUCUAGGAUGGCAGAUAUAUAUCGGGGUCCUGGUGCUGUGGCUAGGAGGUUGUCAGAUCGGUCUUACGAUCAUGAAUCGCAUUAUCCUGUGGACCGGCGUGUAUAAGUUCCCCUAUCCUCUAACUACGACACUCAUCGAGAUGCUCAUGACACAUUGCUGGAUUCUGCUCAGUGCGUAUAUUACGAGAUGGGUCAGUCCGUGGUUGAUUACGGCUGGACUGUCUGGAGGAAUUGCUCCUUCGAGACCUUUACAACCUUCUUCUCCUGGAUUUCGUGGCUUGGGGAAGAACACGGGGAUUCUUAGCUCUAUCAGGCGUUGGGCUUCAUACCACAGUGGGGGAAUAGCUGGAGGAGGAUUCUUCGAGUUCGACCUCCAAGUCGUGAAGACUGUCCUUCCCUGCGCCAUCAUAUUUGUCGCCAAAGUCUGCCUCUCAAACCUAUCUUUCGCCUAUGCCCAACUACCCAUCUAUGUCCUCGCUCGGAUCGCAAUCGUACCUUUCUCCUUACUCUUCACCUACUUCCUAGCCCAAACACCUCACAGCGUCGGAACCAUCUCCUCUACUCUUACGGCAACACUUACACUUCUCGUCGCAACGAUUCGUCCCAAUGUUCGUGUGACAUGGGAAAGCAUCGUCGCAGGAGUCUUCUCUUCUAUCUUCGUCGCACUCUAUCCAGUCCAAUUACAACGUACCUAUAAAGCACUAGUCGCCCAAUUGAUACCACAAGGUGACCUGCUCGGCGCAUUCCCAAACUCAUCAUCUGCUGUCGACUUCUCUGGCUCCCGCGAGGAAAAUCGUGCCUACUGGCGUCUCCUUCACUACACCUCCAUCCUCUCCAUUCUCAUAUUCACACCCAUCGUCAUCCUCUCCGGCGAAGUCACAAACAUCUGGCGGAACUGCUAUUUCUUAGACGUCUUCUUCCACUGGCUGAUGGUCGUAUGUGGUGGUCUUGGCUCGUGGGCUGUCUUCUGGGGUACAAUGGCUCUUACGAGAGCUACAAGUCCACUGACGAGUACGUUUCUGUUCGUGCCAAGGGCAGCAUUCAUAUUGCCGAUUAUGGCGGGUUGGAGGAUGCCGGCGUAUAGCUGGAUUGGGAUUGGGAUGUGUUGGGCUAGCUGUGCGUGGUUUCUAGUUGGGAGGAGGAGGGAGGGGAGAAGCUGGUUGAGGUAG